GCGCGGGGCCGGGGGCCGGGGCCGCGGGGCUGCACCACCGCCCGUUUCCGCCUGCCGGGCCCGCCCCGGAAGCCAAGAAGGGGGCGCGAGCCCGGAAGGCGGGACCUCGGGCUGGGGGAGACCUCGUCCUACCCGGAGCGCUGGGGCCUCCGUGGGCGGCCUCCCGCGGGUCGGGAGUAAGCGACCCGGGCGGUUCCCGUGGUCCGCGAGCCCCCGCGUGGGUGUCCCGGUGUCUCCCGGCCUCCCCGCCGCAGCAGGGUGGCACUCGUCGUCGCCCGGGCGGCGCCGUUGUCCCCGACGUAGCAGGGCGGGCUUGACGCCGGGCGUGCGGGGCCCGUCACGUGCCCGCGGGGCCCGUGCGGGCUUUCCCAGCCUGCCCCGCGCGGCCCCGGCGCCUCCGGGGCUUGGAGCCUGCAGGAUCGGGAAUUAAAGUUUGACUCCCACUCGGGACAAACAGACCCACAGUUCCUGGUGUGAUGAGUGGGAUUCGCUGUCCUGAUUUAGAAAAGCAAGCCAGUAAGCGUGGGCCCUGACUCCUUUCCAUCAGCGACUAGAGAGAUGGCAGCCUUGAAUUCUGGGGAUAAAAAGAGGGUCCUUCCCGCCUGGAUGACAGUCCAGGGGGCUGAGAAGAGUAUGGUGCCAGCGAAGAGGAGGAGAAGGGCAGCGGUGCCGGCGGCUGCAGCAAGACUCCCUGCGGUGAAGACUGUGUACUGCAUGAGUGAAGCCGAGCUCGUAGACGUUGCUCUGGGCGUCCUGAUUGAGAGCCGAAAACAGGAAGAGGUCUUGGAGCGGCUGCCUCUGGCAGGUGCUGAUAAGCUGGAGCUCUCAGCAUCGCAGAGUUCAUGGAGUUCUCCUGGGAGUGGAACUGAGGACGAAGACAAUGGGAAAGGCGCCCCUCCUCUAGACCUCAGCCCUUGCCAGGAGACUGCCGGUUCUGCCUGCCCCAGAAGCCCUGAGGAAGACGAGGAUGUGCUAAAAUAUGUCAGGGAGAUAUUUUUCAGCUAAGGGACAGGCUCCCCAGGACUUUCUUCCCGGAGCAGCUGAAGAAGAUGAUGCUUUUGCUCUCUGCCUGCGGGCUGCGCUCAGCUCCACACCUCCUUGGGCUGGAGACAGUCACCUUGGAGCAGAGGCCUAGGACACUCCGGGCCUGGGGAAGUGAGGAAUCACUGAGCUGCCAUUAGAAUUCCUCUCCCACCACGUCCUCCCCCAGCUCGGGGGUCUGCAGUCCCCGUUGUCUGUUGUAUUCGGUUAGCAGGCUUCCGGGGAAAUGUGGUGGUGGUCAAACUUACUGGGACCAAAGAAUCUUCUUAAUGAUGUUCAAAGAAAAAAAACAGUAAGUAUGGCUGCUAAAUACACUGGAAUUCCUCCACGUUUGUCAGCGGGCACAACCUCUGCCUAAGGAGGAAGCUGUUUUAAAACUAGUUUCCUUCAGAAGACAAUCACUCGUCCAGCCCUGAAGGUGUGCCCAGCUCCACCUGGGAGCUUGAGGCUCGCUGGGUGCAGAUGGUGAUAAGCUCCUGCCAAUCAGACAGGCCUCCUCCCCCAGCUGUGCCCUUCCUCCCACUUUGGCGACCUUGGCCUUCAUCCCUAGGCAGCCUUAAAUCAAGAGUGGGGCAGGACCCCAGAGGAGACGCUCAGGACAAGCGAUCACGGCCGCGUCUAUAUUUCUGUCUUUAUUGCCGCGUGGCUCUUGACAGGCAUACAAUGAACUGACCGUUUGCUGUAUAGGUUUUCCAAUACACAGGUGCUGACAAAAUACACAGAAGUCCCAAUA